CGCCCCGCCGCCAUUCCGCGGCGCUCCGCCCGUUCCGGCCGCCGGGCGGGGAGGGCCGGGCCGGAGCCAUGGAGGACGCCGAUUACUUCGAGGGCAGCGCGGCCGAGUGGGGCAGCGAGGCGGACGGGGGCGCGCAAGAUGAUGAGGAUGGGGAGGGAGAGGAUGAUGCCGAAGUCCAGCAGGAGUGCCUGAAGAAAUUUUCAACGCCUGAUUAUAUAAUGGAACCGUCUAUAUUUAACACGUUAAAGAGAUAUUUCCAAGCAGGAGGUUCUCCAGAAAAUGUCAUUCAGCUCCUCUCUGAAAACUACACUGCAGUGGCACAGACUGUCAAUUUGCUGGCAGAGUGGCUCAUUCAGACAGGUGUUGAGCCAAUGCAAGUUCAGGAGACCGUAGAGAACCACUUGAAGAGCUUACUGAUCAAGCACUUUGACCCUCGGAAAGCAGAUUCCAUCUUUACAGAGGAAGGAGAGACUCCAGCCUGGCUUGAGCAAAUGAUAGCACAUACCACAUGGAGAGACCUUUUUUACAAAUUGGCAGAAGCCCAUCCUGAUUGUUUAAUGCUUAAUUUUACUGUGAAGCUUAUAUCUGAUGCUGGGUAUCAAGGGGAAAUAACCAGUGUUUCAACAGCAUGUCAGCAACUAGAAGUAUUUUCCAGAGUCCUGCGUACAUCUUUGGCAACAAUUUUAGAUGGAGGAGAAGAAAACCUUGAGAAAAAUCUCCCUGAGUUUGCUAAGAUGGUGUGCCAUGGAGAACACACGUACCUCUUUGCUCAGUCCAUGAUGUCCAUCCUGGCCCAGGAGGAGCAGGGCGGCUCCGCGGUGCGGCGCAUCGCUCAGGAGGUGCAGCGCUACGCCCACGAGAAAGGCCAUGAUGCCAGUCAGAUCACCUUAGCACUGGGUACUGCAGCCUCCUACCCCCGAGCUUGCCAGGCUCUGGGGGCAAUGCUGUCCAAAGGAGCUCUGAAUCCAGCAGAUAUCACUGUCCUCUUCAAAAUGUUUACAAGCAUGGACCCACCUCCAGUAGAGCUGAUUCGAGUGCCUGCAUUUCUGGACCUCUUCAUGCAGUCCUUGUUUAAACCAGGUGCUAAGAUCAACCAGGAUCACAAACAUAAAUAUAUCCACAUACUGGCAUAUGCAGCUAGUGUUGUAGAGAUGUGGAAAAAGAACAAGAGAGUCAGCAUCAACAAGGAUGAACUCAAGUCGACCUCAAAAGCCAUUGAGACUGUUCACAAUCUGUGUUGCAAUGAGAACAAAGGGGCAUCAGAGCUGGUUGCAGAACUGAGCACUCUCUAUCAGUGCAUCAGGUUCCCAGUGGUGGCCAUGGGUGUGUUGAAGUGGGUGGAUUGGACAGUGUCAGAGCCACGGUACUUCCAGCUGCAGACUGAUCACACCCCAGUUCACCUGGCACUGCUGGAUGAGAUCAGUACAUGCCAUCAGCUGCUUCAUCCCCAAGUUCUGCAACUUCUUGUGAAGCUCUUCGAAACAGAACAUUCUCAGCUGGAUGUGAUGGAGCAGCUGGAGCUGAAGAAGACUCUCCUGGACAGGAUGGUCCACUCCCUGAGCCGAGGCUACGUCCUGCCCGUGGUCAGCUACAUCCGCAAGUGCCUGGAGAAGCUGGACACCGACAUCUCGCUCAUCAGAUACUUUGUGACAGAGGUGCUUGAUGUGAUUGCUCCCCCAUAUACCUCAGACUUUGUACAGCUUUUUCUUCCAAUCUUGGAGAAUGAAAGUAUUGCAGGCACUAUAAAAACAGAAGGUGAACAUGAUCCUGUCACAGAGUUCAUAGGUAAGUCACGUUUAUUCCUUGCAUACCUGCUUCCUUUUGUGUCUGUUACAACUUGCAAAUAAUGUUUAGAAGGAAGAUUGCUAAAUAUAGGAAUGCCUGCCAGCUGUUUUCACAGACAACUUCCCUUUUAGGGGCCUGUGUUUAGCAAUUUUCCUGUGAUCAAGAAUCUGUGGGUAGUAGUGGGGAAAGUGAAGAUAAAUACUACUUUUUGGGAACUAGCACUGCAGCAAGGAAAGAAAGGAAGGUUGUCUGUCAUAAUAUUAUAUUCCAUCCUAAACCAAAACAUCUGUCCAGACCCUAAAAGCCUAAUUAUUUACAUAAUGCAGAACUCCAUAUGCAAAUAUAUAAAUCAGAAUCAUUGUAACA